AUGUACUCUCGGUCUCCAUGGCCUGUUGCAUCUCCUGCUGCACCACUCUCAAGUGGUAAUCAAUCUCUUCUUGUCAUUCACGGCGAACUUCCUCUUGCCUCUGUUCUCAAGUAUUUGGAUGAGAAUUGUGUCGAUGAGACCAACAUUGUCGAUGGUGACACAGACGUCGUCAAUGGUGACGCAGACGUCGUCAAUGGUGACGCAGAUGUCGUCAAUGGUGACACAGACGUCGACGGUGAUGUAGACGUCGUCGGUGUUGACACAGAUGGUGGCACAGACGUCGUCGAUGAUGACACAAAUGGUGGCACAGACGUUGUUGAUGGUGGCACAGACACUGUUGGAGGUGACACAGACGUCGAGGUUGAGCAAAGUGUGAGACGCCCUGGAAGGGAGAUGAUUGCAAGAGCGUAG